AUGAUUUCUUCUGACAAGGCUUUGACUCGGGCCUUUUUGGCAUUUUUCAUCGGCAUCGACAGCGACAGUCUUUUAAUGAAUUCACGUCCCUUCAUACGCUUGACUCAUCAAUUGAAGAAUCAUCAACUUAGAAGACGAUGGAUGAUGAUAUUGGAUGUUCAUUUAGUAGCGACACAUCAUUACCCGAAAGACGCAUUUCGUUGUGAACAUUGUCCUAAGAGUUAUUGUUAUCGUCCGUCAUUAUUACGACAUCGAGCCAUUGUCCACGGCGAAUACAGGAAAUAUCCAUGUGAAAAUUGUUCAAAGGUGAGUGACUGA